CGUUGCAUCGGAGGCACCCGCCGUUGCAACGGAUGCUGGGCGCGGUGCAACGGACGCUGGGCGCGUUGCAACGCAUGCUGGGCGCGGUGCAUCGUUGGCUGGGAGCGUUGCAUCGGAGGCACCCGCCGUUGCAACGGAUGCUGGGCGCGGUGCAACGGACGCUGGGCGCGUUGCAACGCAUGCUGGGCGCGGUGCAUCGUUGGCUGGGAGCGUUGCAUCGGAGGCACCCGCCGUUGCAACGGAUGCUGGGCGCGGUGCAACGGACGCUGGGCGCGUUGCAACGCAUGCUGGGCGCGGUGCAUCGUUGGCUGGGAGCGUUGCAUCGGAGGCACCCGCCGUUGCAACGGAUGCUGGGCGCGGUGCAACGGACGCUGGGCGCGUUGCAACGCAUGCUGGGCGCGGUGCAUCGUUGGCUGGGAGCGUUGCAUCGGAGGCACCCGCCGUUGCAACGGAUGCUGGGCGCGGUGCAACGGACGCUGGGCGCGUUGCAACGCAUGCUGGGCGCGGUGCAUCGUUGGCUGGGAGCGUUGCAUCGGAGGCACCCGCCGUUGCAACGGAUGCUGGGCGCGGUGCAACGGACGCUGGGCGCGUUGCAACGCAUGCUGGGCGCGGUGCAUCGUUGGCUGGGAGCGUUGCAUCGGAGGCACCCGCCGUUGCAACGGAUGCUGGGCGCGGUGCAACGGACGCUGGGCGCGUUGCAACGCAUGCUGGGCGCGGUGCAUCGUUGGCUGGGAGCGUUGCAUCGGAGGCACCCGCCGUUGCAACGGAUGCUGGGCGCGGUGCAACGGACGCUGGGCGCGUUGCAACGCAUGCUGGGCGCGGUGCAUCGUUGGCUGGGAGCGUUGCAUCGGAGGCACCCGCCGUUGCAACGGAUGCUGGGCGCGGUGCAACGGACGCUGGGCGCGUUGCAACGCAUGCUGGGCGCGGUGCAUCGUUGGCUGGGAGCGUUGCAUCGGAGGCACCCGCCGUUGCAACGGAUGCUGGGCGCGGUGCAACGGACGCUGGGCGCGUUGCAACGCAUGCUGGGCGCGGUGCAUCGUUGGCUGGGAGCGUUGCAUCGGAGGCACCCGCCGUUGCAACGGAUGCUGGGCGCGGUGCAACGGACGCUGGGCGCGUUGCAACGCAUGCUGGGCGCGGUGCAUCGUUGGCUGGGAGCGUUGCAUCGGAGGCACCCGCCGUUGCAACGGAUGCUGGGCGCGGUGCAACGGACGCUGGGCGCGUUGCAACGCAUGCUGGGCGCGGUGCAUCGUUGGCUGGGAGCGUUGCAUCGGAGGCACCCGCCGUUGCAACGGAUGCUGGGCGCGGUGCAACGGACGCUGGGCGCGUUGCAACGCAUGCUGGGCGCGGUGCAUCGUUGGCUGGGAGCGUUGCAUCGGAGGCACCCGCCGUUGCAACGGAUGCUGGGCGCGGUGCAACGGACGCUGGGCGCGUUGCAACGCAUGCUGGGCGCGGUGCAUCGUUGGCUGGGAGCGUUGCAUCGGAGGCACCCGCCGUUGCAACGGAUGCUGGGCGCGGUGCAACGGACGCUGGGCGCGUUGCAACGCAUGCUGGGCGCGGUGCAUCGUUGGCUGGGAGCGUUGCAUCGGAGGCACCCGCCGUUGCAACGGAUGCUGGGCGCGGUGCAACGGACGCUGGGCGCGUUGCAACGCAUGCUGGGCGCGGUGCAUCGUUGGCUGGGAGCGUUGCAUCGGAGGCACCCGCCGUUGCAACGGAUGCUGGGCGCGGUGCAACGGACGCUGGGCGCGUUGCAACGCAUGCUGGGCGCGGUGCAUCGUUGGCUGGGAGCGUUGCAUCGGAGGCACCCGCCGUUGCAACGGAUGCUGGGCGCGGUGCAACGGACGCUGGGCGCGUUGCAACGCAUGCUGGGCGCGGUGCAUCGUUGGCUGGGAGCGUUGCAUCGGAGGCACCCGCCGUUGCAACGGAUGCUGGGCGCGGUGCAACGGACGCUGGGCGCGUUGCAACGCAUGCUGGGCGCGGUGCAUCGUUGGCUGGGAGCGUUGCAUCGGAGGCACCCGCCGUUGCAACGGAUGCUGGGCGCGGUGCAACGGACGCUGGGCGCGUUGCAACGCAUGCUGGGCGCGGUGCAUCGUUGGCUGGGAGCGUUGCAUCGGAGGCACCCGCCGUUGCAACGGAUGCUGGGCGCGGUGCAACGGACGCUGGGCGCGUUGCAACGCAUGCUGGGCGCGGUGCAUCGUUGGCUGGGAGCGUUGCAUCGGAGGCACCCGCCGUUGCAACGGAUGCUGGGCGCGGUGCAACGGACGCUGGGCGCGUUGCAACGCAUGCUGGGCGCGGUGCAUCGUUGGCUGGGAGCGUUGCAUCGGAGGCACCCGCCGUUGCAACGGAUGCUGGGCGCGGUGCAACGGACGCUGGGCGCGUUGCAACGCAUGCUGGGCGCGGUGCAUCGUUGGCUGGGAGCGUUGCAUCGGAGGCACCCGCCGUUGCAACGGAUGCUGGGCGCGGUGCAACGGACGCUGGGCGCGUUGCAACGCAUGCUGGGCGCGGUGCAUCGUUGGCUGGGAGCGUUGCAUCGGAGGCACCCGCCGUUGCAACGGAUGCUGGGCGCGGUGCAACGGACGCUGGGCGCGUUGCAACGCAUGCUGGGCGCGGUGCAUCGUUGGCUGGGAGCGUUGCAUCGGAGGCACCCGCCGUUGCAACGGAUGCUGGGCGCGGUGCAACGGACGCUGGGCGCGUUGCAACGCAUGCUGGGCGCGGUGCAUCGUUGGCUGGGAGCGUUGCAUCGGAGGCACCCGCCGUUGCAACGGAUGCUGGGCGCGGUGCAACGGACGCUGGGCGCGUUGCAACGCAUGCUGGGCGCGGUGCAUCGUUGGCUGGGAGCGUUGCAUCGGAGGCACCCGCCGUUGCAACGGAUGCUGGGCGCGGUGCAACGGACGCUGGGCGCGUUGCAACGCAUGCUGGGCGCGGUGCAUCGUUGGCUGGGAGCGUUGCAUCGGAGGCACCCGCCGUUGCAACGGAUGCUGGGCGCGGUGCAACGGACGCUGGGCGCGUUGCAACGCAUGCUGGGCGCGGUGCAUCGUUGGCUGGGAGCGUUGCAUCGGAGGCACCCGCCGUUGCAACGGAUGCUGGGCGCGGUGCAACGGACGCUGGGCGCGUUGCAACGCAUGCUGGGCGCGGUGCAUCGUUGGCUGGGAGCGUUGCAUCGGAGGCACCCGCCGUUGCAACGGAUGCUGGGCGCGGUGCAACGGACGCUGGGCGCGUUGCAACGCAUGCUGGGCGCGGUGCAUCGUUGGCUGGGAGCGUUGCAUCGGAGGCACCCGCCGUUGCAACGGAUGCUGGGCGCGGUGCAACGGACGCUGGGCGCGUUGCAACGCAUGCUGGGCGCGGUGCAUCGUUGGCUGGGAGCGUUGCAUCGGAGGCACCCGCCGUUGCAACGGAUGCUGGGCGCGGUGCAACGGACGCUGGGCGCGUUGCAACGCAUGCUGGGCGCGGUGCAUCGUUGGCUGGGAGCGUUGCAUCGGAGGCACCCGCCGUUGCAACGGAUGCUGGGCGCGGUGCAACGGACGCUGGGCGCGUUGCAACGCAUGCUGGGCGCGGUGCAUCGUUGGCUGGGAGCGUUGCAUCGGAGGCACCCGCCGUUGCAACGGAUGCUGGGCGCGGUGCAACGGACGCUGGGCGCGUUGCAACGCAUGCUGGGCGCGGUGCAUCGUUGGCUGGGAGCGUUGCAUCGGAGGCACCCGCCGUUGCAACGGAUGCUGGGCGCGGUGCAACGGACGCUGGGCGCGUUGCAACGCAUGCUGGGCGCGGUGCAUCGUUGGCUGGGAGCGUUGCAUCGGAGGCACCCGCCGUUGCAACGGAUGCUGGGCGCGGUGCAACGGACGCUGGGCGCGUUGCAACGCAUGCUGGGCGCGGUGCAUCGUUGGCUGGGAGCGUUGCAUCGGAGGCACCCGCCGUUGCAACGGAUGCUGGGCGCGGUGCAACGGACGCUGGGCGCGUUGCAACGAUUGCUGGGCGCGGUGCAUCGUUGGCUGGGAGCGUUGCAUCGGAGGCACCCGCCGUUGCAACGGAGGCAGGUCGCAUUGCAACGUUGGCUGGGGGCCGUUGCAACGGAUGCUGGGCGCGGUGCAACGGAUGCUGGGAGCGUUGCAACGGAGGCUGGGUUUGA